AUGACUGUGAUUGACAGGCGUAUGGCUCCACUUAGGACAAGGCGUAUGAUGGCGUAUGAUCGACGGUUGGAGCCUCGUGUGGGUGAGCGUGUGCCAUAUGUUAUUGUGUACGGGAUGCCAGGGGUGCCGCUCAUACAGCUGGUUCGGCGUCCUGUAGAGGUACUGCAGAACCCCAGCCUGCGCCUCAAUGCCACCUACUACAUCACCAAGCAGAUCUUGCCACCACUUGCACGAAUUUUCAACCUGAUUGGAGUAGAUGUGUUCAGCUGGUACCACGAGUUGCCGAGGGUACAGAAGGCAUGGAGCUCUGCAGGGGGUGGAGGAGGAGAUGAGGGCACAAGAAAGGGCACCAUCUCGCAGUACUUUACAACACUGCAUUGCCCCGUUUGUGAUGAGCUGACACAGCUGGGAGUGUGUGAGCGUUGCCGAGCUGAACCGCAGCGUGUUGCUGUCCACCUACACCAAGAAUUGCGGCUUUGGGAAAACCAGCAAGACCAGCUCCUAAAGGUAUGUAGAAGUUGCAGUGGCAGUGCAGAGCGUCAGGUGCCAUGCGUCUCAUUGGACUGCCCAAUACUCUACAAAUUGUCUCGGGUCGAUCGGCAUCUUUCCCGAGGACCAUACCUUCGCCAGCUGUUGGAGCAGUUCUGAUAGUCCAGCAAUUUGCCUCCCUUUCAUUUUACUCUGGUGCUAUUAUCACUGUGCCAUUCAGCACAAUUUCUAUGUAUUAUAGUUUGAAAAGGUGCUUUUUUUUUCCUAUGUGACCUUAGAGAGUUUCCAUCUUGUACUGUUUGACUGGUACUGCAGUGCAGUGGGACUAAAGAGGCCUUAAAUACAGAAAAGAGGAAGAUGAUUUUGAUGACCCUUUGUUUUGAAUUUGCUUCGUAGUUGUUGUCUGAGUGUUCAUUAAUUUGCUACAUUUUUGCAGAUUGACAGGUCAAACAUUUACAGCAUAAUCCUCUAUAAACUGAACCUUGUACUGUAGCAAUUUGUAAAUCAAGGAGAUUCAGUUCUGGCUAUAAAUCUUGUGGGGCAAUUUUUGACUGCAAUUUUUUUUUUCCCCAUGUAAAAUCAGUAUCUUGUAAAUAAGCCUUGCAUACGAUGAUCCAAAAUUCUGGCUGUGAGCACUGAUGAAAAAAUAAAAAAAAUUGGAGGGGUUUUUUAUUCCCUGCUUAGGAAUUCUACAUGCUUUCUCUGUCCAUUCUCUACAGAGGCAAGUUUGAGGACAAGCAAGUUAGUAUCAGCCUUAACUUGGACUUCGGCAAUGUGUUUAAUAAUUUAUAUUGUCCGUGUGCACAUUUGUAAAAAAAAAUGUUUCUCCUUUUUAAGUGCUUUUCUAAUGCUUUCUCUGUUCUAAACCAGACAUUGUUACCUAGCUAUGUAAAAACUCAAGAGCUUCCAGAGCUCUGUAACCUGUUUUUGUAAACUUGCAAAAACUUAAGGUGCUUUGUUUUUAAAGAACAUUUGUGGGUGGAGAUUUAAUAUUGAUAUAAUAAAAGUCGAUGUAUUCAAAAAA